UACCACUAGUGACUUCCGUACCGCUCAACCUGGGUUCCACGACCAAAGUUCGCGGGCGUACAAGUUUGUUUAUAAUUGUUAUUAUAUAAAUUACGAUUGAAAUAUUAUUUUAUACAAUAAAUCCCUACUUAAUUAAACAUCGUUUUUUACAAGUAUUUGGAUAUAAAUAAUGUAACACGUGACUGACACAUGGCGUUUCGUUAAACAAGAUUGAUUUGCCGUCAAAGAAAAUGGCGAAUUUAGAAUGUAAAAUAAUAUUUACGUAUUGAAUUUGCAAUAUUAAAUCUAUACAGCAAUAAAAAUUAUGUCAUCACUUAUCAAUACGAAAUCAGUAGAUAAUCUAAGGGUUAAACAAGGCGAUUUUACUCUUUUACAAGGAUUAGAGGAAUUUCCUGGCGACUCUUUGGAAUGUUUUUCAGUCUUUGUCAGCGAAGAUAGUUCUAAUAAUGCCGAUGUUCAAGAAUUGGUACUUGGAGAUCAAAUUUUGGGAACCACAUUAACUUCUAUAACAUUACCCGAUGGAAGUCAGGCAUUCAUUGCUGAAAAUCUUCAAGAAAAUGAAUCCGAAUCGAAAGAUUCGCAAGAAGCGGAGACAAGAGGGGCUAUUUAUCUAAAAGAUGGAGAAUUGUUGCAAGUACAAGUGGAUCCAAUGACAUAUCUUCAAACCCAGACGGAUAAUACGAAAGAAUCAUAUCCUCAGGUUCAAGUAAUUAAUGGCGCAACCUAUGUGCUCGCUAGUCAAUUUGAUGAAGAAGUUUGGCAAAUUGAAGAUGGAAAAUUGACAAAAAAAGACGAAGUUCUUUUAAAUAAACGCGUAGUUCAUAAAUUUAGAGCGCAACAUCCUUGUCCUAGGGAAGGAUGCACCAAAGUCUACAGUACUCUUCAUCAUUUAAAGGUCCACGAACGCUCACACACUGGAUACAAGCCGUAUAGAUGUAAUUAUUCAAAGUGUUCAAAGACUUUUUCGACUGGUUACAGUCUAAAGGCUCACAUACGAACACACACUGGGGAGAAACCCUACGUUUGUGGAUUUGAUUCUUGUAACAAGAAAUUUAAAACAUCGGGCGAUUUAUUAAAACACGGAAGGACUCAUACUGGCGAACGUCCAUUCGUCUGUCCUGUUGAAGGUUGCGGAAGGUCUUUUACUACCAGCAAUAUUCGUAAGGUACACGUGAGAACACACACUGGCGAACGUCCGUACAAAUGUCCUGAACCCGAGUGCGAUAAAGCUUUCGCAAGUGCCACAAAUUACAAGAAUCAUUUACGCAUUCAUUCUGGAGAGAAACCCUACGUUUGUUCAAUGAAAGAUUGCGGAAGACGUUUUACGGAGUAUUCUAGUCUUUAUAAACAUCAUUUGGUUCAUACACAACAGAGGCCUUUCGAAUGUAAAAUUUGCUACAGAAGAUAUCGUCAAAAUAGCACUUUAAUUAUGCAUAAAAGAACUGCUCACUCGUUAGUAGAAACUGAGAAUGGAACCGAUAUUUAUUUAGAAACUACCUCAGACUUGAAUGAUUCCACAAAGCAAAGUAAUCUGAUGUUAAGCAAAGCCGGACAAUUUCAAUAUUCAGACGAUUCCUCAGACAAUGAGACACAAAUUCUUUUUGUUGGAGAUCCAACGCAAAUCGCUGCCUUACAGCAAAUGGGAAUGGAAGGGGGCUUCGGUGAUUCUUCCAUCGAUACUUCCUUGGAUUCUUCCUUAAACAUAAAAAUCGAGGACAUUGGACUCGAAUGGAACUAGGAUUUGAAGCCAUUUUUGUAAAAAAAAAAGAGAAAAUAUUGUGCAUUAUUAAUUCCUAGUAAUGUAAGGAAAAAAGGCUGUAUUAACUUUUAUUAACGAAACUGCGUAGCGGUAUAUAUAAUUUCAGUAGAUUUUAAAUAUCAAUUCUACAAAGCAUAAGGAUUUUUAAUCCAAAUAUCAUUUUUAAAUUUUCAUUUUAAUUACGCAGUACUUCUAGUUUUCUAUGUAAACUAGCGAAACUUUAAAGAAAAAUAAAUUUGACAAAAUUAAUGUUUCA